AUGGCAAGUCCAGAUCGAAGUAAACGGAAGAUAUUAAAAGCCAAAAAAACAAUGCCUGCAAGUUGUCGGAAGCAAGUAGAGAUCCUGAAUAAGUCAAAGAAUGUUGAAGCACUGAAAAUAGCAGCAACUGGGAAUAAUGUCUCAAGUGGUAACCAGAAUUCAAGUACUGGUGUCAUAAGUAACAAAUGCAGACAUUCUGAAAAUGAUGCUUCGUCUAUGGACUCUAACAGAAAUUUCGUAUGUUCACAGAAAAAUGAAGUAUUUUCUCAGAAUUUAAUAAAACCACCAGAAAUUGUUGAUUUGAAAACAAGAUUGGGAUAUAUUGAAGAACAAGUUGUGUGCCCUUGCCAAAAGCCAAGUAAAACAAUAGAAUCUCCCAGGAAACUAUCUACCCAAGAGGCAAAAGAUUUGUCACAAAACACUUCAGAAAACUAUUUUGAAUGUCAGGCAAAUAUAACAAGAUCCUUACUUGAACAACACAAAGAGGAUUGUAAUCUGGGAUCCAUUAGUCAUCCACCCAGUGUACUGAGUAGUAUAAUUCAAAUGCCAAAGUCUACAGUAAUCAAUAUCUUGGAUGAUAAGAGAAUUGACAAGAUGAAUUCUCAUUUUGAAACAGACUCCAAUUCUGCGUCACAUGAUAAAAAGCAAAAUGAUGUUUUGAUUUUAAGUGCAGAUACCCGUUUUGUGCUUGUUGAUAAAAUACCUACAUUGGUGAAUUCAGUCAUUUCUCGUAACUGUGCUGCUGACAUUUUGAAAACUGAAGAAUCCUGUAGAAUUUGUCAUUCAAGCAUUUCAAAUUGUAAAACUACAGACUCAAUUUGGCUAUCAUCACUUGACACAGAUAAUAAUAACAGCCAUAAUCAAAAGAAGAGGAUGUUUUCAGAAAACAAAGAAAAUGUUAAGCGCAUGAAAACUUCAGAGCAAAUUAAUGAAAAUAUUUGUGUAGCUCUGGAAAAGCAAACAGCAUUGCUGGAACAGGUCAAACAUUUGAUUCGACAGGAGAUCUGUAGUAUAAAUUACAAACUAUUUGAUAACAAACUGAAAGAAUUGACCGAACGCAUUGGGAAGACACAGUGCAGGAAUAAACAUGAAGCAAUAGCUGAUGAACUCUUCGCAAAAAUAGCAAAACUUCAAAGACGUAUUAAAAAAGUAUUGUUAUCUCAAAGGACUUGUUUGCAGCCAAACGUGUUAUCCAGUAAUACAGCCUAUAAGGUUGCAAAUUCAGAGUCAGUUAAUAGUCCAUAUGAAAGAAAGACGUCUGUGAACUCCGAACCUUCUCACUUUUCAGAAAAAGCAAGUGAAAAGAUUGAUUUGUCACUGGAUCAUGAUGAGGCUGUUUCUGAAAGUAAUAACGAUGAUGUUAUGUUGAUUUCUGUGGAAAGCCCUAGUUUGACAACACCAAUUACAUCAAAUCUAACAGAUACUGGAAAAAUUACAUCAGGAAAUUCUCACAAUUCACCUGAUGCUAAAACUGAAGCUGUAGAAACAAAGAAACUUGAUUCUGUGAUUGACCUGACGGAAGAAGACCUGUCAAACUGCAACACAGAAAAUCCCGUAUCCACCCUGGAGUCACCUAUGAAAGCUGUUUCUAUCUCAAAAGAGACAACUCAAGUGGCACAAAGUGCAACCCAGGUUCCUGAGUCCUUUGAGCAUCUGCCACCUCUCCCAGAACCACCAGUACUGCUACCUGAACUGGUAGACAAAAUCCGGGACACACUUCCUCCCCAGAAGCCUGAGCUUAAAGUGAAACGGGUGCUGAGACCCAAGGGCAUCGCCCUGACUUGGAACAUCACCAAAAUCAAUCCCAAGUGUGCGCCCGUGGAAAGCUACCACCUCUUCCUGUGCCAUGAGAACCCCAAUAAUAAGUUGGUUUGGAAGAAAAUUGGAGAAAUUAAAGCUUUACCACUCCCAAUGGCCUGUACUUUAUCUCAGUUUUUAGCUUCCAACAAAUAUUAUUUCACUGUCCAAUCUAAAGAUAUUUUUGGGCGAUAUGGACCAUUUUGUGAUAUAAAAUCUAUCCCUGGGUUUUCCGAAGCUCUCAGUUAA